CUGGCUCGCUGCUUGCAACAGAUUUUAAAUACCUGUUGAAUUACUUCAAUCAAGAUGCCGCCAGCAAUUGGAGGUCCAGUAGGAUACACGCCACCUGAAGGAGGAUGGGGUUGGGCUGUGGUUGUUGGUGCCUUUAUUUCUAUUGGGUUUUCGUAUGCAUUCCCCAAAUCCAUUACAGUAUUCUUUAAGGAGAUUGAAAUCAUCUUUGACGCAUCAAGCAGCAAAGUUUCUUGGAUCUCUUCUAUUAUGUUGGCAGUUAUGUAUGCAGGGGGCCCAAUCAGCAGCGUCCUGGUGAACAAAUAUGGCAGCCGUCCAGUCAUGAUGGCCGGGGGCUGCCUGUCAGGCUGUGGUCUGGUUGCUGCCUCUUUCUGUAAUACUGUGGAAGAGUUGUACUUCUGUGUUGGUGUUGUGGGCGGUCUGGGCCUUGCAUUUAAUUUAAACCCAGCUUUGACCAUGAUUGGCAAGUAUUUCUUUAAGAAGCGUCCUUUAGCUAAUGGAUUAGCCAUGGCUGGUAGCCCUGUAUUCCUGUGUACACUGGCUCCUAUGAACCAAUAUUUUUACAGUAUUUUUGGAUGGAGAGGGAGCUUUUUAAUUCUUGGAGGCCUUUUGUUGAACUGCUGUGUGGCUGGGUCAUUGAUGAGACCAAUAGGACCUAAGCCUGACCAACUGAAAAAAGAAAUUAAUAAGGAAGCAUUGCAGGAAGUUGGCAAAGUGACAAAAGAAGCAGCAGAUGUUAAUACAGAUCUAAUUGCUGGCAAAAAUAAAAAGCAAAAGUCUAGAGCCUUCCAAACAAUUAACAAGUUUUUGGAUUUUUCACUCUUCGCACAUCGUGGCUUCUUGAUUUACCUGUUCGGCAAUGUGUUUAUGUUUUUCGGACUAUUUACACCAUUAGUGUUUCUCAGCAACUAUGGGAAGAGCAAGAAUUUCUCUAACGAAUCUUCAGCUUUCCUAUUAUCUAUUUUGGCUUUUGUAGACAUGUUUGCCAGACCAUCCAUGGGUUUGUUAGCAAACACUAAGUGGAUUAGACCUAGAAUCCAAUAUUUUUUUGCUGUGGCUGUUGUCUACAAUGGAGUAUGCCAUCUUUUGGCUCCUUUAUCUACUACUUAUAUUGGCUUUUGUAUCUAUACUGGAUUUUUUGGAUUUGCUUUUGGCUGGCUGAGCUCUGUCUUGUUUGAAACACUGAUGGACUUAGUUGGGGCUCAGCGAUUCUCCAGUGCUGUUGGCUUGGUGACUAUCGUGGAAUGUGGCCCAGUCCUUUUGGGACCACCUGUUUUAGGUAAACUCAAUGAUGUAUAUGGUGACUACAAAUACACUUACUGGGCAUGUGGCGUCAUCCUUAUUUUCUCUGGGAUCUUCCUAUUUAUUGGGAUGGGCAUCAAUUACCGGCUAGUGGCAAAAGAGCAGGAGGCAAUGGAUAAGCAGACUGCUGAAGGAAAAGAAGAAGAAACCAAUAUUGAUGAAGCUGAAAAACAAAAGGAGUCCAACAAAGCGGUUAAUCUACCUCCAAAAACCACAGGAGACAGUCGUGUGUGAGAGACUCAUAAAUCCAGGUUUUGUAAUAAUUAAAAAAUACUGACAUGUUUGAAGGAACUGCUGGUCUUAAUAAACAGUGGUGAAAAUCAGGCUUUUUUUUAAAAUACAAAACCUGAUACUGCAGAUAGUAUUUUUAUCAACACCUGACGAGUAACAGGUCAGUGGGCAGUGCUAGCAUUUUAGUAGGGUUUUUGUGGGGGUGGAGUGGGAAUGUGUACUUUGCUUCUCUCUUUUAUCAGCAAUGUGAAUGUACUAAAAUGUGCCUUAGAGCUUCCAUGUCUAGGCUAUUUUAGCAAAGCCUUAACACUGUUCUGUAAAUUGUUCUUUCUUUCUUUCUUUCUUUCUUUCUUUCUUUCUUUCUUUCUUUCUUUCUUUCUUUCUUUCUUUCUUUCUUUCUUUCUUUCUUUCUUUCUUUCUUUCUUUUUGUCUACCUAGGCAAUAUUCAUAAAAGAUACCUGAGUUGCUUUAUUAGUAGGGAUCAAAGUUGGGUAUUAAGCAAAAAACAUUUCCUAUGGUCCUUACUGCCAGUGUCAUGGUAGGUGUACAAAUAUCCUGGACAAACAAACAACGAAAAGACUAGUGGAUCCUUUUAAAAAAAAAUAGUAUGACAAACCUAAUUUUUCUGGAUACCAGAUUCAAGCUAACUUGAUUGUGUUUCUGAUAACUUCUAAAAACUUACCCAACUUCUUGUUGGGCUUCUUUGAAUAAAAUAUGUGAACAUUUUCA